UUUUUUUUGGUGCUUCUUCGUUGUCGCAGUCUCUCGCUACAUGGAGAGUCUCUCGAUUCCCGCCGCUUCUUGGUUUUCCGGCGGAACCAUUCCUCCGACGAAUGUAAGAAUUUCUCUACCGUAUCAUCUUCGGAGACCAUCGAACAGGAAUUCCCCUCGCUUGUCCGCCAUUAACGCCGCUUCUCGCUCUGUGAGUGAGCUAGUGGAGGAGGAUGUAUUGCAAAUGUUCUUGAAAGACAGAGAAGAAAAUGGAGAUUUCAUUUCUAAAGUUUCUGAUAGGCUCUGGUUAAAGGACAUUCUCGAAUCUAUUGAUCUUAAUUCCAAUGGAGCUUCCUCUUCAACUGUUGGACUAGAGACUCAGGAGAGCUUGAUAGCUGGCGUAGAUGAUGAUGAUGAUGAUGAAAGUGGUUUCUUGAAACUUAAACCGACACAAGAAUGGAUUGGUUGGGAGAGUGAUUCCGCCCCCAUUAAUAAGAAAGCUCUAGCUAAGGCAUUACGGGAUGACAGGGAAAGAAUGAAGAAAUUUAACUUGCUGAAAUAUGAAGCUCUGAAGCGUGAACUCAUGUACCUGUCGAUUGUAAUUGGAACUGGCUGCAGCGGAUAUUGCUUACUAGCUUUAUCAGCUCAGGCUGCAGUCAGUUAUGCAGUUGGGGUUCUUUUCAGUUGCUUGUACCUUCAGCUUUUAUACGGAUACGCUGAUGAUCUUUCACGUGAAGCUGUUCCUGGUAUCUUCCUGAAAAAAAAGUCUAAAAAAAUCGGGAUCAGAAGUGAAGACCUUGAGGACUUUGUAGAGAGGACCAUCAGGGGCAGCGGCCUGGCUCUCUCUUCUCCACGCCUGGUGAUCCCUGCUGCAAUUUAUGGUUUGUGGAUACUCUCUCACAAGUAUUUCCAGAACGACUUGUUCGACUUUCAGAUAGUUCCAGCCAUGGUUGGUUUGUUUGUAUACAAAGCCGCAGCUCUGGUUCAAGUGUACAGAGACAACCAAGAUCUUCAGUUCAUCUUCCCAGAUGACUACUAACUACAAAGUUCACAAGCGAGAGACCUUGCUAAACAGACCAGGGAAUCGCAGAAUUGUGAAUUGUUCAGUACAUAUAUUGAGAGAGGAACAGAAGCUAUACUCAUCCGCUAAGACCAAGGAUAUAGUGAGUUUGUGGUGAGUUAUAGAUCAAAACGGCGUUAUUUGGUUCUUCUCAAAAGCAAAGCAACCUCUUCUAUUUUUAAAAACAUUCUGGGUUUACUACUUUUCUAACGAAAACAAUAAUACAAUGUUUAUCUGCAU